ACAGCAGAGGUGUGUAAGGGCGAGACAGCUGGAUUUGACCAUUGGAUUGGGGACGUGAAACGUGGAGUGUGAAAUGGGUGUGUGUGUGCAUAGAUAGGAGUGUAUGUGCGUGUAGGAGUGUGUGUGUGACGUCUCAGGUGAUGUUUUUGCAGUAAAACAGCAGGAAGCGGCUCAGAGGGGCUUAAUCCAUCACAUGCAGCCUCACGGAGGGGCCCAGUGAGCAGACCUCACCCAGGACCCGGAUCGGACCUCACAGGACCGUUAAGACCAGGGUCGAUGGAGGAGCUGGAGCCUGAGGACCAGUUCCUGCGGUUCGCCCGUAAUGGAGACCUGCCAGGGAUCAAGAAGCUGCUCAUGUCCACAAUACGGGAGGAGACGCAGAUCAACAUUAACUGCAAAGGUAAGAAGAAGUCCAAUCUGGGCUGGACGCCUCUUCACCUGGCCUGUUACUUCGGACACAAAGACGUGGUCGAGGAGUUACUCAAGGCUGGAGCAGAUGUCAAUUUGCCAAAUAACAUCGGGGACACUCCGCUGCACAAAGCUGCAUUCACAGGAAGAAAAGAGGUUGUCAUGCUGCUCCUGCACUAUGAUGCAUGUGCUACUGUCAUCAAUGGGACCGCUCAGAUACCCAAAGAUGUCACUCAGAACGCAGAGAUCAGAGGCAUGCUGGAAGCGGCCGAGAGAACGGAGGAGAGGAAACUCGAGGAGCAACUUCUUGACGCUGCACGAGAAGGAGACCUCUCCACUCUGACUCAGCUGCUCAGCAGGAAAAGCCCUCCGGACAUCGGCUGCACGGAUCUGCUGGGUAACACUCCGCUGCACUCUGCGGCGUAUCGAGGGCAGAAGCAGUGCGCCCUGAAGCUGCUGAAGAGCGGUGCCAACCCCAACAUCAAAAACAAGAACGAGCAGACAGUGUUUGACCUGGCCAGCGAUUCAGCAAUGAAGCAGAUCCUUGAAAGCACCGUUCAUCGAGGCCUGACCCGGCACGUCAAGAAGUUUGAGGGACUCCUCUGGAAGAGCUCCAGGUUUUUCGGCUGGCGCUCAUACUGGGUGGUCCUCCAGGACGGGGUCUUAUCCUGGUACUCCAAACAGUCAGACGCCGCUGCAAACAUCAGAAGGCAGGGCUGUAAGUCCCUCACACACGCUCAGUGUCUGAUCAGAGCCAGAGACGGCUGCUUCUUCACCCUCAAGUGUUUCGAUGAAAGCGUGCAUCACUUCAAAGUGUCGCCAAAAAACGACCCAGAGGCGGCGAGAAAAGGCUGGAUUGACGCUCUGGACGAGCAUGCGGCUUACAGCACUCACUACUGCUCCCAGGAGCAGGGCAGCGAGGAAGACGAGGAGGAAGGGAUGUCCCUUGGGGAGCUCACAGAAUCACUGCAGGCAGCAGAGACCAGCCAGAGGAAGCUGGAGGAGGAGGUGGCUGCUUUCGUGUCCCUGCUGAAAAAUGAAGAUCUGGAUGAAAGGUUCCCGUCCCCCAUCCUGCAGAAAGUGCAGCAGAUCUGUGAGCUGUCCAAUGAGACAAGUUCGAGUCUGAGCGUCUGUCUGAGUCUGUUCUCCAGACAGGAGGGGGUGCGCACUGUGAAAUUGGAGCAGGAGGUGGAGAAGAAUAAGAUCCUCUCUGAGGCGCUGCAGACUCUCGCCACCGAGCACCACGAGCUCGAACAAUCCGUCGUCAAGGGAUCCUCGCCUCAGAGCGCGCUCAGUGAGGAUGAGUUCCACGAUGCUGUUUCAGAUUCGGGCUCGGAGGUCUCCCUGAGCGGCUUUGAGACGGUGGCCAGUCAUUCCUGUGAGGAGGACGAGGAGGAGGACAAAGGCUCCGUCAUGUUAAGCAGACCUGGCAGCGUUAUGCAGGAGGAUCACCUUGGCAACAAGGACGAAGCACAACCCAAUGGGAUCGCAAAGCAUAGGUCCAGUUUACCUGCGCCCAUGUUCUCCAGGAAUGACUUCAGUAUCUGGAGCAUCCUGAGGAACUGCAUAGGAAUGGAGCUCUCAAAAAUCACAAUGCCAGUGAUUUUCAACGAGCCACUCAGCUUCCUGCAGCGUCUAACCGAGUACAUGGAGCACACCUACCUCAUCCACCAGGCCAACACUUCCUCCGACUCUGUGGAGAGGAUGAAGUGUGUGGCUGCGUUUGCUGUGUCUGCUGUGGCGUCUCAGUGGGAGCGGACCGGGAAACCCUUCAACCCCCUGCUGGGAGAAACCUACGAACUGGUCAGAGAGGAUCUGGGCUUCAGGCUGAUCUCGGAGCAGGUGAGUCACCAUCCUCCAGUCAGCGCCUUCCACGCAGAGGGUCUGAAGCAGGACUUUGUGUUUCAUGGAUCCAUCUACCCCAAACUCAAGUUCUGGGGCAAGAGUGUGGAAGCAGAGCCGAAAGGAACAAUCACGCUGGAGCUACCCAAGCACAAUGAAGCGUACACGUGGACAAACCCCACAUGCUGUGUUCACAACAUCAUCGUGGGUCAGCUGUGGAUCGAGCAGUACGGGAACGUUGAGAUCAUCAACCACAGAACGGGUGAAAGGUGCUGCCUCAACUUCAAACCGUGCGGCCUAUUCGGCAAAGAGCUGCACAAGGUCGAAGGUUACAUUCUGGAUAAAAGCAAAAAGAAGGUCUGUGCGUUCUAUGGGAAGUGGACAGAGUGCUUGUACGUCCUCGAGCCGGCCGCCUUCGAAGCAAACAAGAAAAGUGACAAGAAAGGGUCGGAGGAGAAGAAGAGCAGCAAGGCGGGCUGCAGUGACGGUCAGGAUGAGGUUCCCUCUCCGACUACAGACACGGUGGAGAUGAUUCCUGGCAGCCAGCUACUCUGGAGGAUCGCACCCAGACCGCCCAACUCCGCUCAGAUGUACAGUUUCACCUCCUUCGCCAUGCAGCUGAACGAGCUGCGUCAGGACAUGGAGGGAUUGAUUCCUCAGACUGACUGCAGACUCAGGCCGGACAUACGAGCCAUGGAGAACGGGGACAUUGACAUGGCCAGUGAGGAGAAGAAGAGGCUGGAGGAGAAACAAAGAGCUGCUCGCAAAAGCCGCUCAAAGACUGACGAAGAGUGGAAGACGAGGUGGUUCCAGCAGGGGCAGAACCCCCACACCAGCUCCCAGGACUGGAUCUUUUCUGGAGGAUACUGGGACAGGAAAUACAACAUGCUGCUGGACAUUUACUAACUGAACCAGCAAUGACUUUUUAUAAUGGCGUGACUACGACAUGCAAACUUAAACUGCGUGGCCUUAAUCAACUCUAUCACGGUGAAACUGCAUAAACAGUUUGACGAUGAUUCAUAUUUAACUAUUUUAAAAUAUAAAGCAGUUUGACGAUGCUGUGAAAUGUAGGGUUUGUAUCUACAUUGAGACCGGAUUAUUUCUGUGUAACAUCUUUUAGCUCAUCAGUUCUUGAUUUAAAUGUCUCCUUUUAUUAGUGUUUUAAAAAUGUAUGUUUGUACAUAUAUAUAUAUAUAUACACAUAUUUUACACAUAUUCAGCCGUCAGUGACCAAACUGAUACAUUGUUCACAUUUCCUCUGGACUACAAACCUUACCUGCUAAAGAAGAGGAUCAGGGCCACUACUAAAGACAUUAAAGGUCUGACUCUAAUUCUCAAAUUCCGACUUUGACGUUAAAAGUCUGAAACAAAAGUCAGAAUUUAGAAUUCUACUGUAUUAUAUUUAUUUUUUUAGGAAUUCUGAGAUCAAAGCAUAACUCUGAAAAAUAAUGUCUGAAUCUUGAGGAAAAAAAGUCUGAAUUGACUUUUUCUCAAACUGUGAUUAAUCUUAAAGUCAAGAUUUGGGACUCAAACUUUGUCACAAUCCUGAAUUUUACCUGGACAGGUUUUUUCUUUUCAGAAUUCAGACUUUAAUCUCUGUUUCUUUUUUUUCCUAUUCUUAGAAGAAAGAAAGAAUUCUGAAAAAUCAAAAUCAAAAUUUUGUUUUAUUCAAAUUCUGACCUUAAAGUCUGAGUUCUGAGGAGAAAGCUGGAAUUCUGACACAAAAAAGUCAAAAUUCUGAAAAAAAAAUAGGAAUUUCUGGUUUAUAAGUCAGAAAUCGGAAUUAACUUUUACGACUUUUUGAUUUCCAAAUCAUGACGUUUGUCAAGGAAUUCUUCCUUUUUUAAUUCUGUGAUUUAAUGUCAGAAUCCUGAGAAAAACUGUCACAAAAAUGAGGAAAAAGUACGGAAGAGGAUCCAUUGGAAAAAAUAUCAUUAUUAUUAAUAUUUUAACUUCAGAAUAAGAAAAAAAUGAUAGCACCUUGCUUAAUUUUUUCAGUGUCCCUAAUCCUCCUCCAUAAAAAGUCUAAACUGACUGCAAUCUCUAUAAUGAUUUCUUUCUUUCUUACAAUUUUAGACAUUAAAGUCUGAAUACUAAGGAUAACGUUGGAAUUCUGAAUGAAAGUUAAAGUUCAGAAAAAAAUUAAAAACUUGUGAUUAAAAAGUAAGAAUUCUGAAUUUAACUUUAAUUUCUAAAUUCUGACGUUUUAAUAAGAUUUCUGACUUUGUGAAAAAACACUAAAUUUUGACUCUUCAUGUAGUCUCAAAAUUCUGUCGGUAGAAUAAUUCGGUAAAAUAAGAAUUCUGACCUGAACUUUUAUUUCAGAGUUCAGAGAUUCAAGUCAGAAUCCUGUAUAAAAAAAAAGGUCAGAAUUCUGUUCCAAAAUUGUUAAGUUGGCUAUAAUCCAAGUGCAACCUUUGUUUAAAGUUCUGACGUCUUUCUUUCAAAAUUCUGACUUAUAACUCAGAUUUACAUGAAAAAAGUCUGAACUUAAAAAAAAAACAUAAUUAAGUGACCCUUAUUGUCCUCUGUGUUGUAUUAUUAUUUUUUGCCUCAGAACAAAAUCACUGAAACAAAAAGUCCCUUUUCUUCAUUAAUGUGAAGUUUUUAAGAUUUGACUGUUACUCCCUCAUGUCUGUCUUCUGUUAUCUGUAACAUUCACACGUCGAGCUCUUCAAGGAGUUUAUUCAUGUUUCUGCUGAGAAUUUAAAAUGUGUGUUUAAGACAAUCUGUCAGACGGAUUCAACUGUGAGGUACUGAGGUCACUCCAUGAGGACGUUACUGAAAUUUAAGGCGUGUUUUGUUGUCACUGAAAGAAAACACUUUAAUAUGUGUGUUCAUGUUUUUAUCCUUUAUGUGAAGUUUUCUCCGAGUGCAGGACCAAGUUCAGAGGAAUCUGGAAAUAAAGAGUCAUGUGAUCAAACUUUUCUGGAUCAAA